AUGUAGAAAAGUCUGGUUUUCGAGACUAUUUCACAUUGCAACGAAUGUUUAAACAUUUACUAUCUCGAAUAUCCAGAUACUUUUCACGUGUCAGGGCUUCACGUUCCACUUUCAUCUCUACCAAAUCGUUAAAGGGGCGGUUGAAACCAAAUACCAAUUAAAGUUACAAUGUCACGUAAAAAGAUGGUGAAGAACAAUUUUUUGCAGACAUUAUCCACCAUCCACCUCAAAAGUCACAACAGGUGGAUGGUUUCAAAAAGAAAUACCGAUGGCUGUUGAAAAUGCGAUUAUUUUAACGGCACAAGCCAAGGAAGUCAUUUUAACAUUGAACAAAUUAUAUGACGUUUAACUUGAAUCAAAAGAAGUCAAAGAUGACCUCCUGUGUAACUAGAGAUUUAUCUGAGGAAAAACUCGAAGAUAUCAGAUUAAAAGCUAUAGACUGGGCAUUGGCACAUGGUAUAUCAAUGAGACCGAGUAAUUUAUCAGAAGAUCAAGAUAAAGUUGUACAUGCAUGCACCAUUUACUUUGUUUCCAACAACAAUACCUGAAUCUAAUCUACAACAAGCCACCAAAUCUAUUGUAUAUUUUAGUCGGCUGAUGCAUCAUGUUGCUAUGGAUCAUCAAUUAUUACAAGAAUCAUUUAAACAUAUUAUAGAUGUGGAUGAAUUUACCAAGAAACUAUGGAAUAUUUACAUGGCGGUCAGGAAUGGUGAAAGGGUUCAGCCGGUAUGGUUUGGUUUAUUUAGAAACGAUUUUCUGUUAGAUGAAGACCAAGACACGUCCAAAUUACAGUUAAAACAAGUUGAGCUGAAUACCAUAGCCACUGGUUUUGGAGGUGUUGGGUCGAAACUGGCUGAUUUUUAUCGGUAUAUAUUAGGCCUGACUGGCGUGAAAUAUACAUAUAACCAGAUACCAGAUAGUCAAUCCACGUAUGGAUUUGCAUCAGGAUUUGUAAACGCCUGGGGAAUGUAUGGAAAUCCAGAGGCUGUCAUUUUGUUCAUUGUGUCACACAAUGAAAGAAAUAUCAUGGACCAACGACUUCUAGAAUAUGAAAUUUAUAAGCAGAACAAAAAUAUAAAAAUUAUUAGAAAUACUUUUGAGGAACUAGUAAAAGUGGGAAAAUUGACAGAAGACAGAAAAUAUUUCAUAGAUAAAGAAGAAGUUGGUGUUGUAUAUUAUAGAGUAGGGUAUGCACCUACAGAUUAUACUGACAAGAUCUGGACUAUAAGAUUAGAAUUAGAGAAAGCCUGGUGUAUAAAAUGUCCACCUAUACAAUAUCAACUGGUAGGAGCUAAGAAAAUACAACAAGUUUUAGCUAAACCUGGUAUAUUAGAUAAAUAUAUAUCAGAUAUAUCAAUUAAACAAUUAAUACAAUCUACAUUUGCUGGUCAAUAUUCACUUGAUAUGGGAGAAGAAGGUGAUAAAGCUUUAAACAUGGCUGUCAAUAAUCCUGAUCAGUUUGUUUUAAAACCACAAAGAGAGGGUGGAGGCAACAAUUUGUAUGGCGAAGAAAUGAAAGAGUUUUUAUUAAGCAUAGCAACAUCUUCGGAGAGAAGUGCCUAUGUUUUGAUGGAUAGAAUAUAUAGUAAACCUCGGUUAAAUUAUAUAGUUAAAACUGGAGUACCAUUUAUCAAGUUAAACUGUGUAUCCGAGUUAGGAAUAUUUGGAUGUUUCAUUGGGGCUAAAGAUAGGGAGUUAUACAACAUAUCUUGCGGCCAUAUUUGGAGAACAAAACUGGCAGACACAGAUGAGGGAGGUGUCAGUGCUGGAUUCGGUGGACUUGAUUUUCCGUUUUUUAACAUUCCUUAAACUACAUUAUUUUCACUAAACAUAUUAUUGUUCAUUUGUUUUUAAUAAUUUCGAUUAAUAAAUAAAAACAAAAUAGAAUCUA